AUGAGUUCAGUUCCUUAUAUUGGUAGCCAAAUCAGCCUAAUUUCGAAGUCUGAUAUUCGAUAUGAAGGAACUCUCCACACUAUUGACCCAAAUGAACACACAGUUUCACUCUCCAACGUCAAGUCAUUUGGCACUGAAGGGCGCAGAGGAAAUAACAAAGAAAUCCCGCCUUCAGCUGAGAUCUAUGAAUUUAUCAUCUUCAGAGGGUCUGAUAUAAAAGAUCUCACAGUCAUCCAGUCUACAGCCGCCAAUAAUGACCCAGCCAUAAUAAAAUCAGAGCCAAUUAAAGAAGUUCAGCCAAAGCCAGUCCAAAAAUCCAACCCUCCUCCACAAAGGGAAUACCAAAGCCAAAACUAUGCCCCUAGAAAUAGCCGCCCAGAAGCGUAUGGUGAAUUGCAUGGGAAUACAAAUGAAAAUUUAAAAGAAGAGCUUAAAGAAGAUUUUGAUUUUCAAACUGCAGCUAUUGAUAGAGAACAGAAGCCAGAAACCAGAGAAAAAUGCUAUAAUAAAAAAUCGAGCUUUUUUGAUACAAUUUCUUGUAAAUCUGCUGAAACUGCAGAAAGUAGAUUGGAUAGGGAAAAACAAAAAGAGCUGGAUGCGGAGACUUUUGGAGAGGAAAGCGUGGAAAUGGGAGAAAGGGAUUUAAGGAGGUAUAUUAGAGGGGGAAGAAGGAGAGGAAGAGGUUAUAGGAAUGGUGGAGGAGAUGGAAGAGGGUAUAGAGGUGGAUAUAGAGGAGAAAAUAGAGGAUAUAGAGGAAGAGGAGAGUAUAGAGGAGAGUCUAGAGGAGAAUAUAGAGAACAUAGAGGAGAAUACAGAGAACAUAGAGAAUACAGAGAAUACAGAGAAAAUAGAGGAGAAUAUAGAGGAGAGCAUAGAGAAUACAGAGGAUAUAGAGGAGAUCAAAGGGGAGAUUAUAGAGGAAGGAAUCGAGAAUAA